CCUCUACAUUUUAGUUCUACUUUAUCUUACCGUUUCCUCACAGUGACUGAUUCAAUCUGUUCAGUUCUUGUGUUUUAUUGACCUUUGAUCGCAAUCUACACCCUCACCCUUCACCUUGCGCAUCUGCGGAGUGGAGAUUAGGCCGUUGGUUGAUUCAUUGUCUAUCGAAGACCCCCGCAGGCCCGAACUCUAGUGACACUCCUCAUACUUCUCUCUAGUUUUUCGUCACGACCACUGCAGAUCCGGUGUUAUUGGUGCCGAAAAAUAUUCUUUAUUCCUUUUCCUUUCAGUUUCCAGAACUCUUGUCGAAAACUUCUAGGGGACGUGUGGCGGUGCUUUGUCCAAGAUGUUGAAGAUCUGGUCUAUGAAACAACAGCAACAGCAGGCUGAAAAUGCCGAAGGAGCAGCAGGAAAAAAGAAGAAGAAGGUUACGGCCGCGCAGUUGCGCGUGCAGAGAGAUCUGCAGGAGUUGACACUCGGAAGCACGAUGAAGAUGAAUUUCCCGAAUCCUGACGAUAUCCUCAACUUUACGCUUACGAUCGAGCCCGACGAGGGCAUGUACAAGGGUGGCGCGUUCCAUUUCAAUUUCAGUGUUAACCAGAACUUCCCGCAUGACCCGCCCAAAGUGAAGUGCACGCAGAAGAUUUACCAUCCGAAUAUUGACCUGGAGGGGAAUGUCUGUUUGAAUAUUCUGCGGGAAGACUGGAAGCCUGUGCUGAACUUGAAUGCGGUUAUUGUGGGCAUGCAGUUCCUCUUUCUUGAGCCGAAUGCCUCCGAUCCUCUAAACAAAGAAGCUGCGGAGGAUCUGCGGACGAAUCGGGAGGGCUUCAAGCGCAACGUUCGCAACUCGAUGGCCGGUGGAUCCGUCAAAGGCGUGCAGUUUGACCGUGUGAUGCGAUGAGUUCGGGCCGGCCACUACGUUUCGAUUGCAAGGUGUUCCGGUUUAGUGGCGCCAUAACGACACGAGCCCGGGUUCAACGAACAUCAUACAUACGGCGGUCAUGAUGUGGUCAAGGCCGCAGCGAUGCCCUUUUUCGAUGGAUACGGAUAUGGAUAUGGAGAUGGGCUGCAUGCGAUGCAGGCUCAUAGGGAUUCACAUAAUCGUGGAAUGGUUUAUGCACGUACAUAGCUUGACUACUUUAGCGACUGGAUAGAUUUCGUCAUGAAAGAAAUGAGCACUUAUACGAUUCCCAGG